AUGGACCCCUCAGCCCUGCACUCGACCCCCCUGGCCAAUCAGCAGCACUUCCCCGCAUCCAUGCUGUCCUCUUACGGCCAAAAUGGCAUUGACGAUGACGACGAUACGGCUUCCCAAUCAUCAGGGCAGAGCCCAGUGGCCUCAUCCAAACCAUCUUCAUCUGCCCCCAAGAUUACCCUCAAAGUUCCUCAGAAACCUCUUGCCAACGUUGCUUUCGACUCGGACUCGGAGUCUCUCACCCCAGAGCCUGAAGAGGCAUCUGUGGCACCACGGGCAAUGAGCGUGGACGAAGAAAGUGAUGGAGAAGGCGAGCCGGAAAGGGAUGACUUUGACUACGGAGAGGAUGACGAUGAUGAAGAUGAGGAUGAAGAUGAUGUGAUGGAUGAAGCCGACUAUGGGGACUUUGACGACGAUGACGAUGACCCGAGUUUCGGCGAAAGCAAGAAAAAGUCCAAAAAGCCCAGAGGAAAGGUGGUGAAGGAGAAGCCUCUGAAGCAGAGGAAAUCCGGUGGUGCGUUCCCCAUGCGCAAACAGCAAGCGGACGAGUCCUCGGAUGAAGACUAUGGCUCCAAAGCCCACAAGAAGAAAAACUUUGCCAAGAAACUCAAGAGGGACUCUUCGAACACGCCAUACUCGGAGUCUGAUGCCUGGCGAAGGGGUGCGGCCAAAAAGAUCGUCACCUACAACGAAGCGGAUGUGGAUUAUGGAUUGGAAAGCGAAGACGAGGCUGCUGCUGCUUAUUAUAGCAUGGCUCCCGAGCUACAAGGGGAUCCAGCAGACGAAAUAGAUCAAGUGCUGUAUCACUGGCGAGACGAAGCCCACCUGAGCGAUCCCAAGGACAUUCCGCAGCGCUUUCACAUCAAAUGGAAAGACUACUCUCACAUCCACAAUACCGACGAAACUUAUGCCUUUCUCAAAACUUACAAAGGUUUCAAAAAGGUCGAAAACUAUAUCAACAAAGUAUGGACGAUAGACCAAAAGUUCCACAACCCUGAUCCCGAUGCGUCAUGGAAACCCUCGAGGGAGGAAAUGGAACAGUACGAAAUUGACAAGGAGAGGAUCAGAGAAUCGUACGAGAGCUACAAGAUUGUGGAGAGAGUGCUGGAUGAGAAAGAAGAGAGGAGGCCGGAGGGGAGAGUGACCUUGUUUUUCAUCAAGUGGACUAACCUCCAGUACAGUGACUGUACCUGGGAAACUUUCGAAGAACUCAUGGAGUGCACCGGCGCUCAAGCAGGAGUGGACGAGUUCCACCAGCGCCAGGCUCGCCCUACAACGUGUGGAAAAUCCAUCAACUAUGGCGUCAAUGAUCGCCCUGCUUAUGUCAAAAUUCAAGAGAACCCACCAUAUCUUUCCACCGGUGGCUCUCUGAAGCCUUUCCAGCUGACAGGGUUGAAUUGGCUGGCUUAUGUCUGGAGCAAAGGGGAGAAUGGCAUUCUUGCUGACGAGAUGGGUCUGGGUAAGACUGUUCAAUCAGUCGCCUUUCUCUCAUGGCUCUACCACGCGCAGCAGCAAUAUGGCCCAUUCCUUGUUGUCGUCCCUCUGUCUACGAUCUCCGCCUGGCAGAUGCAAUUCCGGGUCUGGGCGCCCGACAUGAACGUCAUUUGCUACAUGGGCUCCGCUCGCUCGCGAGAAGUCAUCAGGCAAUUUGAAUUUGGACCGUUGAAGAACCUCAAGUUCAACGUGCUUCUGACGACAUACGAGUUCAUCUUGAAAGAUCGACAGGACCUGCAACAGAUCAAGUGGCAGUGCUUGGCAGUUGAUGAAGCGCACCGACUCAAAAACCACGAGUCUAUGCUCUACGAAGCUCUAAAGAGCUUCUCGACCGCUUCCAGACUCUUGAUCACCGGUACUCCCCUUCAGAACAAUGUCAAAGAGCUCCUGGCCCUGAUGCACUUCCUCAUGCCCGAGAAGUUCCAACUCGCCAAUGAUUUCGAUCUCAGUGACGCGAGCGAAGACCAAGGUGCCAAGAUCAAAGAUCUUCAUGAGAAGCUUGGUACUUUAAUGUUGCGAAGGUUGAAGAAAGACGUGGUGAAGGAGCUUCCCACAAAGUCGGAGAAAAUCCUGCGUGUCGAAAUGUCUGCAAUGCAGACGCAUUACUACAAGAACAUCCUCACAAAGAACUUCGCCGUUUUGAGCAAGGGCGGUACCCAACAAGUCAGUUUGAUGAACGUUGCGAUGGAGCUCAAGAAGGCCUCAAACCACCCGUAUCUCUUCGAAGGUGCUGAAGACCGCAACAAGCCCGCUAACGAGGUCUUGCGCGGUUUGAUAUCCAACUCUGGUAAAAUGGUCUGCCUCGACAUGCUUCUUACCCGUCUCAAAGCCGACGGUCAUCGUGUCCUCAUCUUCUCCCAGAUGGUGCGACUUCUCGACAUCAUGUCCGACUACAUGGCGGCCAGAGGAUUCGUCUAUCAACGGCUGGAUGGCACAGUGCCGUCCGAUGUGCGAAAGAAGUCAAUAGAGCAUUUCAAUGCGCCCAACUCGCCGGACUUUGCCUUCUUGCUUUCCACGCGUGCAGGCGGUCUGGGUAUCAAUUUGGAAACUGCCGAUACCGUCAUCAUCUUUGACUCUGAUUACAAUCCCCAAAAUGAUCUGCAGGCCAUGGCUCGUGCUCACCGUAUCGGGCAGCAGAGACAUGUCAACAUCUUCCGAUUGGUGACCAAGGGCACCAUCGAGGAGGAUAUUCUGGAGCGUGCCAAGAGAAAGAUGUUGCUGGAGUAUGCGAUUAUCAACCGUAUGGACACCACUGGUGCUCAUAUCAACGGUGCAGCUACUCCCAAGGACAAAAACGGCGACCUCUCCAAGGAGGAGCUGUCAGCCAUACUCAAAUUUGGUGCUCAAAACAUGUUCAAGACCGACAUCAACGCUCAAAACAAGAAAUUAGACGAAAUGAAUCUGGACGAGAUUCUAAAUAGCGCCGAUCAGUUCGAUACUGAAUCCGCUGCUGUUCCCGGUACAACGUCCCUUGGUGGUGAAGGUUUCUUAUCGCAGUUCGCCGCGAUUCAAGACGUCAAGGCCGAUGUUGACGGUCUGUCUUGGGACCAAAUCAUUCCCGAGAACGAGAGAGGCAAAGCGGAAGAGGAAGAGAGGAUGGCUGCUGCCGCUGCCGAAGCCAUUGCGACCUCACGCAAGAGGUCUGCCGCCAAGGCUCCAGGGACAUAUCAAGAUAUGGACCUGGACGAUCACGAUAGCAACAAGGGCUCGCCUUCAGACAAGAAGAAGCCGGCUACGGGGCCACCUCGCAAAACCACAGCUCAGCGAGCUCUCGAUCUCAAGGAUCGCGAUAUCCGGGUGCUGAUCCGGGGGAUAACCAGAUGGGGGGAUAUCCGCACCAGGUUUGAGCAGAUCGUCAAGGAGGCCAAACUCGAAAACAAGAAUAGGGUGGUCAUCAUCCAGACUUGUGAAGAUAUCGUCAGCCACGGUGAACAGGCAAUCAAGGAUCACCACGCGCAUAUCAAAGGCCUUCAGGACAGAGGUGAACCCAUCAGCUCCUCUCUUCGACAGAAAGCUAUACUCUUUACUUACAAAGGAGUCACUGGUAUCAACGCGGACACUAUUGUCACCAGGUAUUAUGAGUUGAAGGCGCUCUACGAGCACUUCAAGCGAGUAGAUGACGUGGCGCAAUAUCGAAUACCGCACGACAACCUCAAGGCGACUAUGAACUGGACGGUUGACUGGAAUGCCGACGACGACUCGCAUCUAAUUGCGGGUAUCUGGAAACAUGGUUUCAACAGCUGGGAAGCCAUUGCUCAGGAUCCGACGCUGCACUUGAAAGACAAAAUCUUCUUUGAAGACCCCAAGGCAGCAAAAGAAAAGGAUCCCAACGCACCAAAAGUGGGCGUCCCACAACCAGUUCAUCUCGGAAGACGUGGCGAUUAUCUAUGUGGCAUAAUCCGAGAGUACGAAGUGAACAGGCGCACCUUGAUUGAGCAACAAGCUGUCAUUGCGAAUAUGCCAACUAAAGAUGGUUUCGGUUUGGAUCACCACACCACUCAUCACAUUGCUGGUCCCUCCAAGAAGGCGAGUCCGGCCGUCGCGGGGCCUUCCAAGCAUGCCGCUGCGAACGCGAAAAGGAGAAAGACACCAGAGUAUACCGAUUCCGAGGAUGAUUCCAGUUACGAAUCAAUGGAUGAAGACGCCGUGAAAGAGCUGUUGCGACCUGCCAAGAAACAUUUAAAAAAGUUGAAAGGCGGCACCGACCAUCUGGCUCGAGAAGAAAAGAUUCUCGCCCUGAAGGAGUGUCUGGCGGGUAUCGGCUCUAGAAUUGAUGAGGUCGUUGCGGAGAAGGCAGCUGCGGGGCAAAAUGGUAAUAAGUGGCGCAAGCACUGUUGGGUUUUCGCAUCUUUCUUCUGGCCAAGACAAGGCGUCAAUUACGCAAAACUUAUGGAGAUUCACGGAAAGAUGGUGAAUGAUUCAUCCCCUGCACCAAAAUCCAAGGCAAAACCAAAGAGAAAAUCGGACGAUGACCUGGCUAAAUCCAAGAAGAAGCCGCGGACGUCUGGUGUCAAGAAAGAGGAGUAA